AAUUCCGGGGGUGGGAGUGAGGAGAGGUGGGAGAGGCCAGGGCAGAGGGAGGCCCCGCGUCGGCUGGGAAGCAUCGCCUGGUGCGGGCCUGACAUUCCAGGGCCAGCGACUCCUCCGCAGAGCGACCGCGCGGGUUCUCAGAGCGCCUCCCGGAGCCACACUAGGAGCGCUGGACCCCCGGGGAGAGGUCGGAGGGCGGCCAGCUCCCAGCAAGGCGGCCUAGCGGGCAGGCAGAGGGCCCGGCCCCUCCCCAGCCCUCUCUGCCCGUUCUCCCUGCGCCGGGGCGCUACAGGUCCCAGCCCCGAGUCCUAGCGGCUCCCCACUCCAUGACCUCUGGACGCCCCGUCGGGUCCAGACCCGAUAGGCAGGGCGCGAGCACCCGGGCGGAGGGGCCGCGGGAGCUCAAGCGGGGCUCGGUGCGCGCCCCAGCCGCCGGCCUGCGCUGUCCCUGCAGAUGUCGGGAGCUAUCUUUGGGCCCCCGGAGGACCCGAGCACCCUGGACGCCGCCAGCGUUCACCCGCUGGUGUGCCCGCUGUGCCACGUGCAGUACGAGCGCCCGUGUCUUCUGGACUGCUUCCAUGACUUCUGUGCCGGCUGCCUGCGUGGCCUCGCGACCGACGGCCGCCUCACCUGCCCACUGUGCCAACACCAGACUGUGGUGAAGGGUCCCAGCGGGCUCCCUCCAGUGGACCGGCUGAUGCAGUUCCUGGUGGACAGCUCAGGGGAUGGCGUGGAGGCGGUGCGCUGUGCCAACUGUGACCGGGAGUGCAGCGAGCAGGACGUGGAAACCACGUACUUCUGCAACACGUGCGGACAGCCCCUGUGCGCGCGCUGCCGCGACGAGACCCACCGGGCUCGCAUGUUCGCGCGUCACGACAUCGUGGCCCUGGGCCAGCGAAGCCGCGACGUGCCCCAGAAGUGCACGCUGCACGCAGAGCCCUACCUCCUGUUCUCCACCGACAAGAAGUUGCUGCUGUGCAUCCGCUGCUUCCGCGACAUGCAGGGGGAGAGCCGGGCGCACUGCGUGGACCUGGAAUCGGCUUAUGUGCAGGGCUGCGAGCGGCUGGAGCAGGCGGUGCUGUCGGUGAAGGCCCUGCAGACCGCCACGCGGGAGGCCAUCGCGCUGCUGCAGGCCAUGGUGGAGGAGGUGCGGCACAGCGCGGCGGAGGAGGAGGACGCCAUCCACGCCCUGUUUGGCAGCAUGCAGGACAGACUGGCAGAGAGGAAAGCGUUGCUGCUUCAGGCUGUGCAGAGCCAAUAUGAAGAGAAGGACAAGGCCUUCAAGGAGCAGCUCUCUCACUUGGCCACCUUGCUGCCCACCCUGCAGGUCCAUCUGGUCAUCUGCUCCUCCUUCCUCAGCUUGGCCAACAAGGCUGAGUUCCUGGACCUGGGCUACGAGCUGAUGGAGAGGCUGCAGGGCAUCGUCUCUCGGCCGCACCGCCUACGGCCUGCGCAGAGCAGCAAGAUUGCCAGUGACCACCGAGCUGAGUUCGCGCGCUGUCUGGAGCCGCUGCUGCUGCUGGGGCCGCGCCGGGUGGCAGCUGCAGUGGGUGGUGCUAACACGCUGGCAGGGGGCUCAGGCCCCAAGGUGCUGACGGGGCCCCACUGCCCCUCCCCAGUAGGAAAGAUGUCGGGGUCACCCGUCCAAAAGCCCACGCUGCACCGAUCCAUGGGCACCAAGGUGCUGCUGGCAGAGGGCGAGAACACGCCCUUCACACAGCAUUGCCGCCACUAUGAGGACUCCUACCGGCGCCUGCAGGUGGAGAUGCAGAACCUGAAGGACCAGGUACAGGAGCUGCACCGGGACCUCACCAAGCACCAUUCACUCAUCAAGGCGGAGGUCAUGGGAGACAUCCUGCGCAAGUCCCUGCAGCUGGACACGCGGAUCGCCUCGGAGCACGCCUCCUUAGAGGGCAUGAGGGUCAUCUUCCAGGAGAUUUGGGAGGAAUCCUUUCAGCGAGUGGCUAACGAGCAGGAGAUUUAUGAAGCCCAGCUCCAUGACCUUCUCCAGCUGAGGCAGGAGAAUGCCUACCUGACCACCAUCACCAGGCAGAUCACGCCCUAUGUCCUCUCCAUUGCCAAAGUGAAGGAGCGGCUGGAGCCCAGGUUUCAGGCACCUGUGGAUGAGCAGUCUGAGAGUCUAGAAAACACGCAGGACGACAGCAGGAACCGCGCGGCCUUUGCCAGGAAUAAUCCAAGAAGUGUCCCGGAAAAGAGAGAGAAGACAUCAGAGUCUAAAGGAAACACCUGGGCUCUGAACAGCCUCUCAGAAGAGCUUCUACCACAAAACAAGGAUCAUCACAGACCCAAACAGAAAAACGGGGGCAACGUCCCCACACGGAGGGAACACCCAACUUAGCAAGUGGGACCAGUACCCGAGGUCAGGCUCUUAGAGCAGGCAUAAGACUGGGACACUGGAGAGAAGGUUGUUCCCAUGAUGGUUGUUUUUAUUUUUUUGAGAUGGAGUUUUACUCUUGUGCAGUAAUGCAAUCUCAGCUCACUGUAACCUCCAUACCCCAGGUUCAAGUGAUUAUCCUGCCUCAGCCUCCUGAGUAGUUGGGAUUACAGGUGCCUGCCACCACAUCCAGCUAAUUUUUUCUAUUUUUAGUAAAGACAGGGUUUCAUUAUGUUGGCCAGGCUGGUCUCCAGACCUCAGGUGAUCCACCCACCUCAGCAUCCCAAAGUACUAGGAUUACAGGCGUGAGCUACCAUGCCUGGCCAACGGUUUUUUUGUUUUGUUUUUUUGAGGCAGGGUUUUGCUCUUGUUGCCCAGGCUGGAGUGCAAUGGUGCAAUUUCAGCUUACUGCAACCUCCACCUCCUGGGUUCAAGCGGAUCUCCUACCUCAGCCUCCAGAGUAGCUGGGAUUACAAGCAUGUGCCAUUACACAAAGCUAAUUUUUUGUAUUUUUAGAAGACACGGAGUUUCUCCAUGUUGGUCAGGCUGGCCUUGAACUCCUGACCUCAAGCAAUCCUCCUACCUCAGCUUCCCAAAGUGCUGAGAUUACAGGCAUGAGCCACCAUCCCCAGCUAUUUCUUGAAAAGGUAAUCACUUGUCAAUCGUGAAUCUGGCAGAUUCUUUGGCUUGGGCUGUUUUGCUUUUGACCGUGUUUGCAUGGCACAAAGUCUUCGUCCUUGCCACAGUGGCUUGUGAUGACUCCCAAUCCCCAUGGAAAACAUUCAGGGAGUGGCCAUCCAGGAAGAAAUCCCUUGCCCUUUCCACUCCGAGGCACCGCGUGUCCAUGUGCCAUGCCCUGUGCCCGGGCAGGGCGUGCUGUCAGGCUGUACCGGUUUGAGUUUUAGGUAACAACACUCCACUGCUGAGUAGCAUCUGCCCUAUCGCAGAGGAAUCCAGUUUCUCCGGAAUUACAGUCCCACUGUUAACUUGGUGCCACUGGGAAGUCCCACCCAGUAAUCUGAGCAGUGUCUCACCCUUUCCAGCAAGUGCAGAGCUCCUGCAGCCAGAGUUUGGCACCUGGCCAGCUUCUGUGGCUGAUGGUCUCGUUUACAACUUGCUGCUUUCCCAAACUACAGCACCCCUCCUGCGUCUGCCUUCCGUUGAUAGCAAAGCCCUGGGCAGCAGCAGCCUUUCUUCUAGUAGCUUUCUCUGAGCAGUCUUCCUUUUCUCCGGAAAACCCUUUUCAUUUAGAGGAGUUUAAAAAAUGCUUUUAAAAAUUAACCCACAUGACCUAAAAUUGUAAAAGUUUUUGAUGCCCAGAUAAGUUACAUUUAAGCAAAUUUUCAGCUGAUUCAGUGGUUAACAUCAAAUGGGUCUACGUGCUAACAGACCAGCACGUUCAACACAUAAACACAUUACUCACAUCGACGUCCACUUCCCCUACACCUGCUACUUCAGGGCACUGAGGUUGCCGUUCCAAGGCCUUACAAACCUCUGUGGUGGUCUGCAGGGCAAAAGGAAUUAUUGUUACAACUGGUUAGAGAUAGGAACCCAGAAGGAACUUGAGAAGGCAAAACACACGUGGUUUGAGGCUGAAGGCUUGAGACUUUUCUUCCCCAGGAGUGACAUGACCUCAGAGUUCCUACAUCUCAUACAAUCACACCACGGCUCAGAGUGAAAUCAAGUGCAGUUUUAUUUAUUUAAGAACUGGAAAGAAUAAUCAGUAUCUGUGAAAGAAAAUCCAAUUUAGAAUAUUUAAAUAAACAUUUCUGUAUGUAAAAAGA